UUACAUUUAGUAUAUUCACUUUUUAGUUUUUAGUAGUGAACUGCGUGCAAGUGUCGCAUGUGACCGGUAGGAUUUAGGCCGGAGAAAUGUCUUCUGCCGGUGAUAAUAUAAAAAUUAGAGCUGUUGUAUUAGGAGGGUGCGGCUUUAUUGGCCGCAAUUUGGUGGAGUACCUUAUUAAUAAUGACCUUGUCACGGCGCUACGAGUGGUGGACAAGACUCCGCCGCAACUUGCUUUCCUCAAUCCCUCUCACACAAAAUGUUUUGAUGAUCCUCGUGUCGAGUAUAAGAGUGCUAAUUUAAUAAAUCCUGCAUCAUGCGCGUCAGCUUUAGAACCAGAUGGUGGCCCAUGGGAUCUGGUGGUAAACUGUGCAGGUGAAACAAGAGUUGAAAAGACUGAAGCAGUCUACUCGGAAGGUAUAUUCACCCUGAGUGUCAAUGUUGCCAAGCAGUGUGCGAAAAUGAAAGUCAACCGCCUUAUUGAAAUAUCUAGUGGACAAAUGUUCAGUAGUGAUAAGCCACACAAAGAAGACGGGCCUGUGGAUCCAUGGACAGUAGAAGGACGAAUGAAAAGCAAAGUUGAGCAGGAAUUGAAGAAACUGGAGAGUGAACUCAACUACACCAUCCUAAGACCUGCUAUUGUCUAUGGCAUAGGAGAUAGACGCAGUCUCACACCGCGUCUAUUAUACGGUGGAAUCUACAAACAUCUCGGUGAAACCAUGAAGCUGCUGUGGACGGCUGACCUCAAAAUGAAUACAGUACACGUGCGAGACCUCUGUCGGGCGAUAUGGAAAUUGUCCAGCCUGCCGGAAGCCCAGGGGCAAACGUACAACGUGGUGGACGAAGCUAACAGCUCCCAGGGCAGAUUGGCGGAGAUGGUCGCCGAGAUUUUCAAGAUAAAUCAUGAUUAUUACGGAAAGGCCAUAUCUUCACUGGCCAAGAACGACAUAGCCUCGGUGGCGGAAGAGGCCAACGUGAAGCAUCUGACCGCAUGGGCGGAGAUCUGCCGGAAGUACAACCUGGAGCACUCCCCGUUGGAGCCAUUCGCCAGCACCGAGCUGCUACUCAACAAGCAGCUGUGUCUCGACGGCUCCAAGCUUCGGGACCUUCUCCCGCUGGAAGCGCCGCAGCCCACGGCCGACCGGCUGCUGGAGAUCGAUAAACCGUUGCAGGUGUUGCAGGACUACGCUUCCAUGAACCUGUUCCCGAAGGAGCUCCUCGUGUGAUAGAGAGGUGUCGUGACGUAAGAAGAAGAGAACGAGACCCUGCGCUGCCGUGCUCUCUGUCGAAGGAGCUUUUGAGACGUCUUUUUCGAAAUUCCUAAAUGACCACUCGGACGCUGUGAAUUGUGAUACUUUGACAUUUCUCGACAUCAUUUAUACAUUUCAUUGGCGAAGACUGGAAAGGCCGACUGCCUCGACGCAAUUCCAUCCACAGACAUUUUAGACAUUUCAGAGAUUUUAAGAGUUUUAAUAAUUGCCUUUUUCCCGCGUGUACUUAGCCCCCUGUAUCCUGUGUACUUAUCCGCAAUUGUUCAGUGAUUUCCGCUCUCAUCGGUCAUCAAACACCACUAGACGAGAUCUUAUAGUUUUAGCUAUUAUUUAAGCUUUUGUGUAUUUUCUGCUCAACUCGUAUGAUUAUGAAAAAGUGCUUAUUAUGUUAAUUACAUUUGGUAAAUUUAUGAAACAAAGUUUCUUUGUGUUUUACUUUUCGUUGUAAGAGUUUUUAGGUGUGACAUUUUUGCGCAAUAAAAAUUUAGUCACUAA